GUGCGCCUGCGCACUGCUCAGUUACCGGAGAACUACGCUGUGCAAUCGGCUGCGGCCCUUAUUAUUCCCUCCCCGUGGUGACAGCAGCAGCAGCUCCCCAUCAUCCUCAUCGCACACUAACAUCGCCAGGCCUGUACGCAAAGCUGCCUCUGCUGUAGGUGGACACAAGGAAAUACAGAUUGCACCAGCAUCUAACUACAGAUCACCAUGGAACUAGUGAUCCAGUGCCAAUGAGGGGGCCCUGAUAUCCUCCUCUGCCAGGGGACCUGUCACCCCUUCACCCAGGCUACAUCAUCCACUCGUACCCCACUAACAUGCAGCAGGGAGGCUCGGAGUGCUGGGAACAGCAGCCCAUGCAAGUGACCCCCAGGAGCCUGAUUCUCAGCAGCAGGGAGGUAGACAGGAGAGCAGCCCUUCUCUUCCAGCUGGUCCUGAGCUCCUGAUUUGCUCUCUCUUCACCCUCACCUAUAUUAAAUUAUUAUUAUUAUUUUAUUAUUAUUAUUUUACCCCACACUAUCCCACUGUCGCCGUCUGGACCAAAGGGAUUUAUUAUGGAGUCUGUGGGGAAAUUUGAGUUCAGUAGGAAAGAUCUGAUCGGGCAUGGAGCCUUUGCUGUUGUAUUCAAAGGCAGACACAAAGAGAAGCAGGAUGUGGAGGUUGCUGUGAAAUGCAUCAAUAAGAAAAAUCUGGCAAAGUCUCAAACUCUUUUAGGGAAGGAAAUCAAAAUACUAAAGGAACUGAAACAUGAAAACAUCGUCGCCUUGUAUGAUUUCCAGGAAUUGGCCAAUUCCGUCUAUCUGGUCAUGGAGUAUUGCAACGGCGGAGACUUGGCUGAUUAUCUCCACACAAUGCGGACCCUGAGCGAGGACACCAUCCGACUAUUCCUUCAGCAGAUUGCGGGAGCUAUGAAGAUGUUGCACAGUAAAGGCAUCAUUCACCGUGAUCUGAAGCCUCAAAACAUCCUCUUGUCAUGUACGGGAGGCCGCAGGUCUAAUCCCAACAGUAUCCGUAUUAAGAUAGCUGAUUUUGGAUUUGCAAGAUAUCUGCAAAACAACAUGAUGGCAGCAACUUUGUGUGGGUCCCCCAUGUACAUGGCACCUGAAGUGAUUAUGUCCCAGCACUAUGAUGCCAAGGCUGAUCUGUGGAGUAUUGGCACCAUCAUCUACCAGUGUCUGACUGGCAAGGCUCCAUUCCAGGCCAGCAGCCCUCAGGAUCUUCGUCUCUUCUAUGAAAAAAACAAGACCCUCACGCCCAACAUCCCGCGAGAAACCUCAUGUCACUUGAAGCAGCUCCUUUUGGGACUUCUACAGAGGAGCCAGAAGGACCGAAUGGACUUUGAUGAAUUCUUUCACCAUCCGUUUUUGGAUGCAGGCUCCUCUAUGAAGAAAUCUGCACCUGUGCCAAUGCCCUCAUAUCCCAGUUCAGGCUCCGGAAGCUCUUGCAGCAGCUCCUCCACAUCACACUUGGCGUCUCCACCACAGUCCCUGGGAGAAAUGCAGCAACUUCAGGAAAAAACUCUGGUAUCUCCAAUUCCCGAUUCUCCGGGCUUUCUGCAAGUAUCAAAGGAGUCAGGUGGAAGUAGCAGCAAAAACUCAUCGUGUGACACAGAUGAUUUUGUUAUGGUGCCUGCACAGUUCCCAAGUUCCCAAGGUGAUAAUGCAGAAGCUACAACUAGCAAGCCCAUCCAGGACACGUUAAUGUAUAGCAGUUCCCUGUUGACAUCAACUGGCCUGGAGAGUCGUGCUCGAACACCUUCUCCUACGCUUCCAUACAGCUGCUCUCCCAGCCCAUCCCGAUUAUCCCAGGCAUCAGGCAGUCGAUAUGGCCAGUCUGGGCCUAUUCCUGUCCCAACCCAAAUUCACAAUUAUCGGAGGAUAGAGCAGAACCUGCAGUCUCCAAAUCAGUACCUGCCACACAGAACUGGGAUGGUGCGGAAGUCCAGCAGUACUAGUCCCCACCAUUUCAUGAGAACGGGAACAUCUCCUCCUUUUCCUGCGGAGAAUGUCUCUGUGCCCACAACGAGGAGACUCUCCUUUGGAGGGGCUAAACCGUACUUUCCCUCUCCACAAGUGGGAACUAUACCUGAGCAACCUGCGCAGAACAUGAGCAGAAGCCCUGGAGGAGCAGAGCCUAGAAACAGGAGUCCUGUUUAUGGUAUUCCUGUGCCUACACAGAGUUCCUGUGGAAUGGGAUCCCGUCUUCAUAGUGCACCAAACUUGUCUGACCUACAACCAUGCCGGCAAAAAAUAAAGAAACAAUUUUCAGAUCCUGUGAUGCCUAGGCAUGUCCACGCACAGCCUAGUCCUCCCCAGCAGUUUCAUGGCCUGCAGUCCAGCCGGCCUCUCAGGUCCUCCCCUAAGUUGUCUGAGUUCAUGCAGAGAAGCCCCCUUCCUACUAUACUGGGCUCGCCCACAAAGAGUAUUUCCCCAUUUGAAUUCCCCAGGGGGACCAGCUCCCAGAACCUGCUGACUCUGUUCACUCACCAAGGAGUGAUGGUUCCCCCCACACGAAACAAGACCCUUCCAGACCUGAAGAAUGUGGGCCAGUACCAGUGUCAGCAAGCUGGAUUGGGGCUGCGUCCUGUGGAGGAAUUGAAAGGUCCUUUUGGCAGGUCUCUCAGCACUGGAAGACUCACCGAUAUCCUGCUUAAAGCAGCAUUUGGGACACAGGCUACUGAUAUUGGCAGCACGGAUAGUCUCAAUGCAGAAAAACCCAUGGAGAUAGCAGCUCCCCUAAUUAGUUUUGGAGGAAACCUGCACUGCGGUGCACAAGGCUCAGUCAGCCCAGCUCCGGUUAUCUUCACUGUGGGGUCUCCACCUGAUGGCACAACCCCUCCCCAGACAACACGGACACGGCUGUUCUCGGUGGGGUCAUCUAGCUCCCAGAGUUCAGCUGGUUCAUACACUGGCAGACAUCUUGUGGUAGGCACUGGUGGUGAGACUUUUGAAGCUCCAUCUAGCCUCAGGUACGCCUUUCCUGAAACUGGGACAGCAAAUACCGAAGGAGUUGUGAUGUUUGAAGUGCCUGAGCUACCUGAAGAGACUCUCAUGGAGCAAGAGCACACAGACACACUGCGCAGCCUUCGCUUCACGUUGGUCUUCGCCCAUUCUGUUAUGGAGAUUGCCUGCCUCAAAGGGGGCUCCAUGGACGUGAGUGCUUAUGUGACGUCUGAGUACCAGAUGCAGGAGAGUGUUGUGGCAGAUCAGAUCAGCCUUCUGAGCCGAGAGUGGAGUUAUGCGGAACAGCUGGUUCUGUAUCUCAAAGCAGCAGAACUUCUUUCAAAUGGGCUGCAGACUGCUAUGGAGCAAGUUAGGACAGGCAAACUGUGUCUCUCAUCUACUGUUAAACAGGUGGUGAAGAAGUUGAACGAGCUGUACAAAUCUUGUGUGUCUUCCUGUCAUUGUCUGAAUGUACGGCUCCAGAGGUUCUUCGCUGAUAAACAGAAGCUGAUGGAUCGAAUCAACAGCAUCACAGCAGAAAAGCUCAUCUUUAGCUAUACUGUCCAGAUGGUGCAGUCCGCAGCCCUGGAUGAAAUGUUUCACCAUCGGGAAGAUUGCGUGCAGCGAUAUCACAAAGCUCUGCUAUUGAUGGACGGAUUGCUGAACUUUAUGACUGAACAGGGAGAUAUAGAGAACAUCAGCAAAUGUAAACUCUGCAUAGAACGCAGACUGGUUGCACUUCAGGGCAGUAUUUGUGCAUGAGCCAUGUACCAGCCAUCUUGUUUCCGGCUUACUUCAGAAGGAAAACACUCUAUGCAGGGUUUUGGGUCGAUGACAGACUUUCAGCCAUCAAGAUGAAUCAACAGCAACUCAUCAUUAGCAAAGAGCUGUUUACUGUGGAAAAUCAAGUUUCUCUUGAGUAUAGGAUGACCCCUAAUUUGCUUCUCCUCCAACAAUAAAUCUUACUUGCUGAAAGCCCCCAGAAGGGCAUACAACUAUUCUUCAGUAUGGAUACCUCUCCUUGUGUAAUGGCUGAAUUAUCAGGAGUGCUACAUGGUCAUGGAAUUAGGACACCUCUCCUAAUCAAGAUGAUGUGAAGAUUUGCAGGUUUUUACUACCUGUAAAGAAAAAAAUAUAUAUGUGUGUGUGUGUGUGUGUUUUGUAGCAGAAUAUUACGGCCCAGCUGAAAUGGAAGUGACGUAACAGAGGCCUGAACUCAGAAACUGGAUGCACCUUGCUCGUCAUGUGUUUCUUUAUGCAUCUGCCCGUGGUGUGAUUUAUCUCAUCAUCAGCUACUGGCAGCCAGGGGUGCAGACCUUUGUAUAUACUGUAUAUAUAAGCAGCCCGCACCUUCCUUUCCUUAGACUUUCUGCAGACAUCACUUUAAAAUUUCUUUUUGCACAAUUCCAAUUAAGUGAAAGUCUCGCUAGUGACUCGUGGAACUAAGUCCUCUCCUUUAAUGAGCACUAUUACCAUUCAUGAAUGGAGAGGAUAACAUGUAUUCUGCACGAAUCUCAACACCCACCAAGGAGGAAGAUGGGGUAAUCCCAAUAUUGUUUCUUUCCAAGGCUUGGAGCUAACAAGAAUUUGUACAGAAUGGAUUCUCUCUCGCUAGCUUUAUGUCAACCUAGCCACAGGCUUUGGUCUCAUCCAGCAAUUUCAAGAAACUGGGUUGUUGUCACUUAAAGUGCGUCCCAUUAUGAUGUGCCUGAAGCUGGAUACACAAACGUAACCAUCACCCACUUCGGAAACUCCUCAGAGCUUUUUUUCUUGACACGUUUCUUAAAGCUAUCCUGCGCAUUUAAUGUAACAAGUAAGCUAUCUUGGAGCAUACACUGUUUAAAGAGAGAGAGAGACUGCAUUCUCUGGUAGCAGGUGGUACUGUUUCCAGUGAACAGGCAAAAGUGCAGUGCUGGUCAGUGUCAUUUGGGCGUAUGUUCUCUUUAAAAACAGAUUUUAUCUUGCACUUUAUUAACAAUGAACAUUUGAGAACGCCAACCAAAGCUCGGAGAACAUGCCAUAUUAAUAAUGCCAAUGCAUUAAGGUGGCACGUUUCUUCAGAAUUUGGCAUGAGGCUAAAUGAAAGUUUGGCAGGUAAUUAUUAGCCAAGGUUUCUUCCCUAGUCUCCUUUCCUUUUGUAAUACACUAACAGUGUAUAUACUUUAAUGUACAUAAAAUAUAUAUAUAUGUAUAUAAUGUAGAUUUUCCUGUAAAUUGCAGUGCUGUCCCACAUUGUCGCAUUGUCUUCCUACCACCCGAGAACUUCGUUAUCAUUUGUAAGUUCGUAUUCAUCCACUUGUGUGCAACACAGAAAACAGUUGUUCAAUCAGCGCUGCUGUCCCGUUUGUGCUUACACUGAUGUCAUAGAUUGGAAGUACGACGCUGGUGUUGGCAAAAGCUCUUCAUAGCAUGACACCUGGCAGAAUUAUGGACCUGUAUAAUACCUCUAAUAGGAGGAUUUUACAUUCUGUAUGGCUGCUGCCACUAACACAGGGAUGUUGCCACUUCAGAGCUCGCUUCCACCCUGGCACAUGCAGUAUGGUUCAAAUAAGGAUUAGUCUCUAUGGAUCCAUGAAAGACUAGUGAGAUAUUAUUAUGGCCAUAAUAACAACACAGGAGGCAAAGUGACUCUGAAUCAUCAGCUGAGACCCUUACUGCUGUAAUGGACAAAAUAAACUAAUUUUACGGUGGAAGCCUUUGGGAUUUGCUGUUAGCUGCUGUUGUGUAAUAAGGUCUCUGCUAAGAUCCGGAAGUAUUACUCCAUAACUCAUGGUUUACAGGUCUUUUUAUGCAGUUUUGGUCAGAGGGUGAAUAAGUACACCUUGGAGAAGGUAACAUCACCUUGUAUUGUCAAGCAAACCUGACUGAUAAUUAGAAUCCAAAUAAACAUUAGAAGGUUAAAUAGUAUUUUAUAUUGUUGCCGCAAUUGGAGGCUGUGGGGCAAACAGGACCCCAAAUAACCUGUUUAAAAGUGCAGAGGGUAAAAGUGCAGAGGGUGGCCACUCUCAGUAGUGCAAUUAAUUGCAGCCUAUUCAUUUGAAUAGUAUACCCCGAUAACGCUGCUUCUACAGUUUUGUUUCUCAAUACUUGAAAUGUUAAUGUUUUUUGGUCAAUAAGCAUUAAAUCCUGUGAUGCUGAAAGAGACCUAGAAAUUGAUCAGUUUUCCAGGAGCAAAGCUUUUAUUUUAUUUUGUUGCUGUUAUAUAUUAGAAGGCCUCUGGCUACAAGGGUUAUGUUGCUGCGUUUUAUUUGCCAUUAGUUGGAUUGCAUUUUUUCUUUUUUACAGUUUGUGUUGUAUGUUACGUUUCUUCAAAGAUUAAGUAUUUAUUGCGUUAGCCAAAAACACAUAAAAUAUAAAUAAAAAACAAAUCUGAGAUGUACAAAAGUAAAAAAAAAAAGUGCCCUUUUGAACUAGUUUGCUACAAUAGUCUUAAUAGACUAUUGUAUAAGCAGGAAAAUUAUACUUUUCAUUAAGCCUCUUACCUUUCAGGCUUGUAAAGGAUAAUCGAAAGUUGUUGUUCUGUUUCUUUAUAUGUGCUUUGUGUGGUAUGUGAAUAGGGUUGCCACCUGUUGUUAAUGGCAAAACUAAACAGGUACAUCACCAGUGCGGUAGGAAACAAGCGUAUGUCAUGCUGUAGCAGAAAUAAUAUAAUUAGUGUACUGUACCAUAUUAAAUAUGUAAAUACUAGUGUAUAUGGCAAAAAAAUUAUGUUCUAAUCAUUCUGAUAGCAGCCUAAUGCAGAGCCCUAAUAUUGUGACAACAAUGCAAUCCAGCCCUCGCAGUGCAGUACAGAGCUUAUUGUCAUAGAAACAGACACCCAUAUUACUACUAUACAGACCUCAUUCUGGUGACUUUCUAGAACAGUACUUUUGUGUCCACUAAGACCUCAAUGCUUUGCAGAGCUUAUUCUGAUGAGCACCAGGUAACAUGUGGAGCUUAUACUGAUGAUACCCCCCUGUACAAUGCAGAUGCUAUUAAGGCAUGUCCUUGCCACACUGAAAUUAGUUUGCAAUGUAUAUCCGUCACAUCACAUGUCACCACUACACCCAGGGCGUUGCAAAGCUUAUUUUGGUGACCAGCUCCACUAGACGGUUAGAGUUGACAUCUGGGCUGUGUUAAAUUGGCAAAAACUUGACUUUGUGGCAAAGCCAUUUAUUGUGUAUAAAGAUAACAGAGCUAGGAAAGCAGGAAUUUAGCUCCAGAAAAGGUACACCCUAACCCAGGUUACAGUAUAGUUUCUGAUGUGACCGAUGUGCAGUGCACCCUUUACAGACGCCAUGCCGACUAACAGGGACUAUUCCCACUCCACGACACCCAUAGAGUAGGAAUACAACCUGUGGUGAGUGCAGCUCAUCACCGAGCCCGCAGCGUAACAAGCAUCUGUAAGCCGGGAUUCCGACGCCGGUAUGGUGACCGGUGGUCUCCUGACCACCAGUCACGCAUACCAAACCUCUAAUAUAGAUCUAUGCCUGUUCCCUGCUUUACUAAAACCUGGACAUUGAACAGGAAACCAGACGUGUCCUCUCACACUUGGACUGUCCAGAUGAAAAUUGGACAGGUGGCAACCCUAUGUGUGAGUGUCCCCAAAUAGAAAAAUGUUGACAAUAUAUGUUUGUUUGUUUUUUAAAGCCUUAUUAUUUCAGUGCAGGGCAUUGUUUUAGUCUUUCUGGCAAACAGCUGCAGGUUGAGAGAUAGGAGUGAUGGGUCCCCUUCCUUUCUUUGUUGUGGAAUCCAAAGUUAGCUUUCAUGGCACAAACGUUUAGAUCGACUCUGCUGGAUUGAGUCUUGAUUACCUUUCACUGGUUUGUUUCUGCCUCUUGUUAUGGCUAAAAGGUUAAUUUAAUGAUAUUAGCCAGUUGCACAUAUAGAAGUUGCUUUUGAACUAGGCUUCCCAGCAAACUGCUUUCUAAACAGUUUUAUUUGUGAAAAUGUGUUUAUUUAGAUGCUUCAGUGAAGAACACUUGGUUACAAAAAUAUAAGAUCGGAUAUAUGCUUUUAUAAAAAAAUAAAAAAAACUUAGACCCAGUGGAUAGUGCUUGAGAUAAGAUGUGUGCUUCUUGUUUUUUUAUUUUCUUCCAUUUAGUUUGUUGUGUGUUGCAUUGAUUUUCUUUUAUUUGUAUACCUUCAAUAAAAAAAAAAUGUAAAAAUAAAAAAAGAAAUAAAAUUAUUUGAUCACUUUU